AUGAAGGUCAACUACAACAUCAUCCUAGCCUUGGGCUUAGGCGCUCUGGCAAACGCCCGGGCAGGGUUUCUCGAUGCGUAUCCUCGAGGAUUGAACGACACAGCUACCAUUUCCACGGCUACAAAGCCGUUGAUUACGAGCUCUUCCGCUGGACUGUCGACAGUCACUGCUCCAUGCAUGCCUUGUGAAAGUGCGGUCGAAAAUGUGACUCCUCCUCCAAAUGUCGUCCCUCCUCUAAACACUGCGCCUGCGCAUCCUGCCUUUACGGUAGGCCCUCCACCACCGGGUGCUGCAAGCCCAGCACCCCCACUCCCUUCUGCCCCUAUUGCUCCAGGUCCCCCUGCAGGAUCUUCUCCCGUUGCUGGCCCAGCUCCAGGUCCCCCUGCAGGAUCUUCUCCCGUUGCUGGCCCAGCUCCAAGUGGUCCGGCACGACCACCGUUUUUCACCGGUGCUGCAUCAGCUGUUGCCGUGAAUUCCGGAAGUACCGUAGUGGCUGCUCUCUUAGCUGCGCUUGCUAUCUUCUAG